AUGGCGGGCUUGAAUGCGGGCCAAAUCAAGGCAGAGCCCACUGCCAAUCCGACAAUCAAGGAUGAGCCUGACACCAAGGACACCAUCAUGUCGGACGACGAUAUAUAUGAAGAUACUGGAGACUUGGAUUUCACAAACUCCGCCCAAAACGUCUGGCUAACGCGGAUUCCUCGAACGUUGUGGGAGCGAUGGUCAAAACUUGACGAUGAUGAGGAGAUUCAAAUCGGGACUGUUAGGGUAGAGGGUGACCCGACAGACAUCAAACGGAUAAGCUUGCGAUUACUCGACAUACCUCAGAAUAAAGGUAUACCGAAAGACUAUAGUCUGAGACGACAGAACGUACACGCCGAUCGGUCAGCAUACGCAGUUCAGAAUACUUACGUCUUUACGGAAAAAGAUCUUCCAGGAUAUAAAGACAGGUCCAAUCAGUUUUACAACGAGAAUCAGCCUUACGGUCGAUCAUAUCUUUAUGAGCAAACGAAACGUGACGCGAAGAAGAAAGAGAGGAGAAAGAAGUGGGAGCCCUACGUGAAGAAGACUAUACCAAGACAGACAGCUAUUACUGCACGGGUCCAUGACGAGUUCAACUGUUUUCCCGUGGAAAAUGAAGAAUAUCAGCGAGUGGCAGAGGAGCGAGCACUAGAGUCUCUCAAACCAAAACGAGAAACCAAGUUUAUCGAAAAAGUACCCGGGAAGAUGCUCCAGCCGAAAACAGUGGCUGCAGCAGACAAGUCCAAUUUUAUUCAAGUCACAAAGCCUGCCAAAGUACGCGCGCAGGAAAACAAAACAGCUCGUAUGCCCCAGAACGAGCUUUUGGAUCUUAUUUAUUCUUGCUUCAGAAGACACAAAUAUUGGCCAUUCAAGACACUCAAGGCUGAACUAAGGCAACCUGAAGUGUAUCUUAAGCAAACACUGGAGAUUGUGGCGCAUCUUGUCAAAUCCGGAGACUUCGCCAUGACCUGGGAACUCAAACCUGAGGCAAGGGAGAGUAACUACGCAGAUGCGCUAGCAUACAAGGACGCAAAGGAAGAGCUCCCUCCCACGGCCGGCUACAAUUUUGACGAGGGGUCCGAAGGAGAACCCACUGCUUCGGGUAUGGGCACCGAUGCCGAUGAUGACGAUAAUGUUAAAUUUGAGAAUGUGGGAUAA